AUGCAUCGCUCGUAUUCAGAUCGAUCACAGAAAUAUGGAUUUCAAAUAAUUGGUGAAAAUAUAUGGUGGAGCAACGAGCCGUACUUGAGAGCCAAUCUCAGAUCUAUAAUCAGGGAUUUGUACAGUGAAAGAUUGGUCUACUCUUACAGUACCAAUCAGUGCGCUGCAGGCUACCAAUGUGGACACUAUACUCAGAUUGUCUCGGCUGAAGCAUGCGCUGUUGGCUGCGCUGCCGCUUACUGUCCAUAUAUCUACUACGGCAGGCGAGUCCCGUCGGGUACUUUUUUCGUGUGCAACUAUGGGCCAGGCGUCAGCGACUUCCGGUCAAGACCUUACAGGUUUGGUCCGCGGUGCAGCGAAUGUCCUUCAGCCUGCCGGAAUGGACUGUGUGGUGAGUGCGUUGAGGCGCGUGAGGAGCUGUGCCAGCCGGUCUCUGUUUCAAAGCCGCGCUAUCCUACCCAGUGGACGUCCGAGGAGCCCCAGGUAAACGCGAACGUGGUUCACGAACAGGAAACCUCGUCGGGCGGCUCUGAGGUCGUUCAUCACCGACGACUGGCGGUCAGAGCCAACAAUGUGACCGCCCGGGCAACAGGUGCUCCGAGCAGGCAUCACUCAAGUUGCACUGACGUUUGGCCGCAGUGUCCUCACUGGGCGUCGAUCAACGAAUGCCAGCGGUUGCCAGAUUACAUGCGUAGGAUGUGUCCCAUUUCUUGCAACUUCUCCUGUGACAGUGGAGUCGCAACUCAGGACACCGCAUUAUUCCCGACCCUCAAACCGGCUCAGCGUUGCGAAUGCUAUUCAAGACCUCGUAAUGCAGUAGGCGAGUGCGCGGAAGACGUUACUGUGAAAGGAGUUACUCAGAGCUGCCAAACCAGAGGACCUCAUUAA